AUGCCUGCCGGUAAAGCGCCCAAGCGAGCGCGGCAAGAAGGUCCGGAGAGCGGCGGCGACCGCAUCGGUGCCCUCCCGGACGAAAUACUGCGCCACGUCCUCUCCUUCCUCCCCGCGCAGCAGGCCGUGCAGACAUGCGUGCUCGCCCGGCGCUGGCGACACCUCUGGAAGUCCGCCACUGGCCUGCGCAUCGUCGGCGCCGACGGGGAAGCGCCGGUACCCUUCAAGAAGAAGGCCCGGGAGUUUGUGGAUAGCCUCUUGCUCCUCCGUGGAAGCUCGCCUCUGGAGACAUUUGAGCUCAGGGUCGCCGGAUCCGCUGUUGACGUUCGCCGCGUGAGGCUCUGGGUCAGGUAUGCCGUGGAGUUCAAAGUCCAGGUCCUGCGGCUCAGCUUCCUUGGGAAUACCUAUGCUCGGAUGCGGCCGGAGGACCCACCCCUCACCUCCAAGUACCUGACCAAACUAGAGCUCUGCGGUGUCGCUUUCAAUGGUGACUUCCUUGACCUCUCGAGGUGUCCCGCAUUGCAAGAUCUAGAGAUUGAAGGCUGUUCCUUCGUGGUUGCGGGAAGAAUCUCAUCCCAGUCCUUGAAGCGUCUAAGAAUCACAAGACCCGUAUUCAACCGGAGUUCCCGAACCCGUAUUCAUGCCCCCAAUCUCACUAUGCUGCAUCUACAAGUCAGUUAUGGCAAAACUCCUGUACUUGAGGGCAUGCCCUUGUUGAUUUCAGCACUUGUUGCGAUCUUGGGGAAGUCUGACUGUUGCAGCCGUUCUAACUAUGGGGAUUGUGGUGACGAGAGCUGUGAAAAUUGCAUGCCAAACGACACUUCCCCCGUGCUUUUGCAUGGUCUAUCACAAGCAAAGAAUUUAGUGUUGGGAGCUAAAGAUGAUACGUAUAUUUUUAGAAGGGAUUUGAAGUGCUGCCCUACUUUUACUCGAUUGAAGUCUCUGCUGCUCAAUGAAACCUGCUGUGUGCCUGAUAUACAAGUGCUAGCACGUAUUCUUGAACAUUCACCAGUUUUAGAGGAGCUUUAUCUUAUUCUAAUUUACAAGAUGCAGAUGCAGGAACUUAAUGUGAUAAUGAAAGGAAGGUUCAGUCCAAAGGAGCUACCACCCAUAAUAUCUGCACACCUUAAGAGCGUGGUAGUCAGAUGUGGAGCGGUUGAUGAAAGAGUUAUUCAAGUUUUGAAGUUCUUGAGUGAACUUAACAUCAGUUUCAGUUUCACGGAAGAGAAGCUUAAAGCUGAAGGCUGA